AUGUUUGAGUGGGCGCUGGGGAAGGCAGCUCACCGAAUCAAUAGUGCCCUCAUAAUCCUCUUCAUCGAGCAAAAUGAAAAGGGCGUCCGUUCCUUGGCCUUGCAGCAUCACUAUGAUUGUGGUGAAUAUGGCAUGCAGCUGCUUGUGUUUCCAAACCAGGACAGAAACGUUUGCUUUAAAGUUGUGGAUGAGUUCAGGACCGCCUUUGAGGUUACUAAUUGUUUCAGCUGCCUUCACUGGAUCACAUCUAAUGAAGACGGGGCUGCUAUUUUCUCUGUUGCCGACAGUGGCUGCUGCCAUGUACUGAAAAAGGGUGGCUGCAACCACCUGAAGGUCCAGGUAGAAGAACUGGCAAAAAAUGGAUGUGUCGCUGCUACUCAUGACAUCCAUAUGAUCUGCCCGAAAUUAGAACACAUUCCGACACCAGAUGCAUUGCAUGCCCCAGCCGCCAGUGCCUGGCCUGAUGAAUUUGGAACAGCCUUUGAAGUUACAAAUUGUUCUAUCUGCCUUCACUGGGUCACAUCCAAUGAGGACAGAGCAGUAUUUUCUGCUGGCUACCAGGGCUGCCACGUGCAGUACAAGAAUGGCCGGAAUCACUUGAAGGUCCGAGUGGAGGAACUGACAAGAAGUAGACGUGUUGCUACUUUUAACGAUAUCAACAUGGUCUGCCCUAAACCAGAAGAGCACAUCUUAACACCAGAGGAUGGCAUGCGACACGUGCCCCAGCCGCCCCAGCCUGGCCCGGUGCGCCCGCUGCCUGCCCAGCCCCAGCCUGGCCCGGUGCGCCCGCUGCCUGCCCAGCCCCAGCCUGGCCCGGUGCGCCCGCUGCCUCACCUCUAUCCUUCAAUAUACAACAUAGGCACUCAUUUAACAAUGGAACAAUGUCGAGUUCUGGGAAGCAAAAUCCCUUGUGCUGAUACCUAUGAUCAAGCAACGUGCCGUCAAGCUAGCUGCUGCUAUGACGACAGUGACAUUAGUACUCCUUGUUACUAUGGAAACACAGUCACUGUUCAAUGCCUCAAGGAAGGCCACUUCAUCCUGGUUGUCUCCAGGGACAUGUCAGACUACCCAGUUGUCCUUGACACUGUUAAGCUGUCUUACGCCCAAGCGGGGUGUGACCCUGUCAGGAGAACAGAGGCUUUCCUUGUCUUUCGCUUCCCCCUGACCCAGUGUGGCACAACAGUCCAGGUGAUCGGUGACAGACUAAUUUAUGAAAAUCAGCUAAUCUCUGGCAUUGAUAUCCAAAAUGGGCCAGAUGGAUCCAUCACCCGAGACAGCACCUUCAUUCUCCAUGCUCGCUGCGUCUACAAUGCCACUGACUUCCUGCCAGUCCAGGCUGAAGUCCUCUUGCCUCCCACCCCGGCUCCAGUUUCCCAGAUGGGGCCUCUCAGGCUGGAACUGCGCAUUGCUACAGAUGCCAGCUACAAAUCCUAUUACUUGGAUGGAGACUAUCCUGUGGUGAAGGUACUCAGGGACCCUGUGCACGUGGAGGUUCGCAUCCUGCAGAGAUCGGACCCGUCCCUGGUCCUGGUUCUGCAUGACUGUUGGGCCACUCCCAGUGCUAAUCCCCUUGAGCUGCUGCAGUGGCCGAUCCUGGUGGAUGGGUGCCCAUUUGAAGGAGACAACUACAGGACCCAGCGGGUGCCUCCAGGGCCUGCCUCGUCUGAGCUGCCUUUUCCGACUCACUCCCAGCGCUUCACCAUUUCUACUUUCACAUUUGUGGACUCUGGCUCUCAGGUGCUGCUCAGUCAGUUGGUGUACCUCUUCUGUAGUGCAUCAGCCUGCUAUUCCUCCCAGUUUGAGCCUUGCAGAACAACAUGCAGCACUAGAUCUUCAAUCCUUACGUUCGUGAAGAAUGGUAGGAAAGAAGACACUAUCAUAAAAAUUGAGAAACUAGAAGAGAAGCUGAUCAGCAUUUCUAAAGGAAGGUUUCAGUGGUGA